CCGGGCUUUAGCCUGAUUCCGAGAGACUGGAAGUACUUUAGUAGUGGAAGAAUGCCCCUGGUAGUGGAUAUCAGUGCAUUACAAUGUUAAGGGAAGACAGAAAUAUUGUCAUUGCUGCAAGAGGUAACCCUUUCCAUAGUGCCCGCCAGAUCUUAAAUGAAGUAUAAAAUGUUUUGGCAAUGCCUUUAUCAACAGUUGGUCUCACAUAUGCCCCUUUGAGAUUAUCUGCAGCAACUCAGGAGAACAUGGUGCAGGGAGUGCCUAGAAGAGAACGACAAUUGGAAUGCUGUUAUGUUUACUGAUGAGUCAUGUUUCUGUCUGGGAGUUCAAGUUUCUUCUGCUAUCACAAUAAAGACACUAUAGCGUCAUAAUGCACUGAUAUCUACUACCAGGCCUCCUAUUGGCAUUUCCAGUUUUUCAGAUUCGGACUAAAUACUGGGAGACCACGCUCUGAGACACGCCAACAGCCUCGGCAAUAUCACUUGCCAGUGACCUCGGUGACUCAUUUCACAAUAAUAUGGCGAACGUCUGGUUCAAGAUGUCUUCCCAUGAUUAAAGAGAAUAAAACUGGAUUAAAAUGAAGAAAAGACUAGAAAAGGAAACACCCAGAUUGAGUUCAAUGUGGCCUUAUCCUCAUCAUGUAGAAAAAUUUCCACAAUUCCGGAACAUGUUUCAAGACGGAACACCCUCUCCUACGGUUUCUUCAAGCAGUGAAAUAAUGUCUCAACAACAUCAACAGUUACAACAAAUGCAGCAGCAGCAGCAACUUCAACAACAACAACAGCAGCUUCAACAACAGCUGCAGCAACAGCAUUUAGCUCAACAAUUGCAACAACAGCAAUUACAACUGCAACAAGCCUUGCAACAGCCUCCUUCGCACUCACAGUCUCAAUCACAGCAGCAGACGCAGCCGACAGUUGUGAAUUCUUUGCCAGUCAUGGGCGCCUUGCAGACGGUUCUUACAACCGGCAUCAACCCUUCACUGAACAAUGGCUCUGCAAUUCCACUGUCAGUGGCACACACAAUCUCGACAGGGAAUGCACAGACAUUCUCCACGGGGACAACACACACUGUGUCCUCAGGAGCCGUGCAUGCACUUUCAGCUGGCACCGGGCACACCAUUGUCACAGGUUCUCCUAACACUCUAGUUGCUAGUCAGCAAAUUCCUCAGACAAUAACAACAAAUGUCAAUGCAAACUGUAUCAAAACACAGGAGCCCACUCAAAUGAUUACAAGGUCAAAACUUCAAGAUUUAGUUCGUGAGGUUGACCCCAAUGAGCAAUUAGAUGAGGAGGUAGAAGAUGUUUUAUUACAGAUGGCUGAUGACUUUGUAGAGUCUGCAAUAAGUGCUGCUUGCUUGCUUGCCAAACAUCGAAAAUCUAACACAAUAGAGGUCAAAGAUCUUCAACUACACUUAGAGAGAAAUUGGAAUAUGUGGAUACCUGGUUUUGGAACAGAUGAACUAAGGCCUUACAAGCGAUCAUCUAUCACUGAUGCCCAUAAACAAAGACUUACACUCAUACGACGAGCUUUAAAAAAAUAUUGAUUUUUAAAUUUUACUGACAGGUUAAUUUGUGUUUCAAACUGUAUACUUAAUUUGCUAUAAUUUAUGUUGUAAAUAUUAUAAAUUAAAAAAAAAAAGGUAUUUUGUCAUUACUAGUUUUCAAUAUUCAAAUUUUUUGCACAUCUCAUUACAGUGUAGUCUAGUGUCAAGGAUUUUAUACAAAGGUUGUAUUUUGUCAUUUUUCACUUAUUUUGAAUCUUUUAGGGCUGACUACCUCGGGGGUUCAUCACCCUGCAGACCCAGUAGAAAAAUAUCAGCCAUAAAUUUGCUAGUCAUAGAAUAUUUUUGAUAUUUGACAUUAUUUGUAUUUAUAUCUAUUUGACCAUUUCAAGUUCUAUUUUAUAAAGAAUUACUAAAAUAAAAAAUUGGAGGACUUAA